CGCCGAGCGGCGCCACUCGGAGCGGGGCACCCGGCGCCGCAGCCAUGAGCUACGACCGCGCCAUCACCGUCUUCUCGCCGGACGGGCACCUCUUCCAGGUGGAAUACGCCCAGGAGGCGGUGAAGAAGGGCUCCACGGCGGUUGGAGUAAGAGGGAAGGAUAUUGUUGUUCUGGGUGUGGAGAAGAAGUCUGUGGCAAAACUUCAGGAUGAAAGAACCGUGCGGAAGAUCUGUGCCCUUGAUGACAAUGUCUGCAUGGCUUUUGCAGGGCUUACAGCUGAUGCCAGAAUAGUUAUAAAUAGAGCUCGUGUAGAGUGUCAGAGCCACAGACUCACGGUGGAGGAUCCUGUCACUGUGGAAUACAUCACGCGCUACAUCGCUAGUCUGAAGCAGAGAUACACUCAGAGCAAUGGCCGCAGGCCUUUUGGGAUCUCUGCUCUUAUUGUGGGAUUUGACUUUGAUGGAACCCCCCGCCUGUAUCAGACUGACCCAUCUGGCACUUACCAUGCCUGGAAGGCCAAUGCCAUUGGCAGGGGAGCCAAAUCUGUGCGUGAAUUCCUGGAGAAAAACUACACUGAUGAAGCCAUCGAGACAGAUGACCUAACUAUUAAACUUGUCAUCAAGGCUCUUCUUGAGGUUGUACAGUCUGGUGGGAAAAACAUUGAGCUGGCAGUUAUGAGACGAGAUCAGCCACUGAAGAUUUUAAGCCCUGAAGAAAUUGAGAAGUAUGUUGCUGAAAUUGAAAAAGAAAAGGAAGAAAAUGAAAAGAAAAAACAGAAGAAAACAUCAUGAUGACUGAAAUUCAACUGCUUAGCUGCUUUUUAAUUCAAGUGAUGGGUUAUUCUGUAUAGAGAACAUGUAGGCAUUCCACUUAUUCAUACUGUGCCCCUCUUGAGACAUACAAUAAACCUACAGUUUUUUUUUAACUCUUAUUUUAAGGAAAUCUAUUUUUUCCUUUAAUUUUAAUUACCUUCCAACUAUUUUGGUUGACUGCAAAAUAGCAAGAUCCAUUAAAGAACAAAAAWUUGCCUUUCAUUUCUUGACACUUUAAUACUUCUCUUCCUCUCUGUCUGAGCUCUUAGCUUUACCCUUUAGCUGGCUCUUAUAACWCUGUUGUAACCUCUGUGAAGCAUGAAGAGGGUUUUUUUUUUUCUUUCCUGAAUUGUAUUUCUGAAUUCAAAGGUCUCUGGCCUGGAUGUAAUGUUUAACACCUGGCACGAGUGGUUCUGCAUUUCCC